UCUUAUUAACCAUUGUGAUUGAUUGCAUUUUAGUGAGAAAAAAAAAGAAACAUCUGCAAUUUUUUGUUGAUAUCCACAAAAUUAAUUUUUUUUUGUAUAAAUUUUACAAAUUAGUAUUAAAUUUAAGUUUAAGCAUAAUGUUUUAGUUGUUUAGUUAAAAAAAAAAAACAACAAAAUGUCUAGUGAUUUGUCGGCAAAGUGCCGAACUUGUCUAAGUUCUGCCCAUCAUUAUCAUCAAUUGUUCGACUAUGUGGAGGAGAAUUACAAAAUCCUAGAAAUGUUAGAUGGUAUAGUGCCCCAAAUAGAUAUUAAGACCACCUCACAAUUUUCCACCUUAGUGUGUCAGACCUGUGUGGACAAAUUAUUGACGGGCUAUAAAUUUCAACAAUUGUGCAUUGAGACUAAUAAUCGUCUGCAUGAUUUGCUGGGCAUUGCUGUUUUUGAGACGCAGCCAAAAUUGGAGAAAAUCCUGGAUCCUUUGACGGGUGAGUCAAGUUUUAAGAUGAAACAAGAGCUAGAGGAGGAUGCUUGUUUUGAAUGUGAAAUACAACCGGAUGAAUUGGAGGGUAACAUAGCAUCGGAUAAUGAUAAUGAUUGGGGGCCGGAAGGUGGAGAUGAUGGUGGUGGUGGUGGUAGUGAUACAGAUUCUAGCAAUGAAAAGCUCUCAGUUUUAAAGGAAAGAUCUUCCAAAAAAUCACCUUUAAAAUUGGAACCUUUUGAAAAACCUGGAAAACUAAAUCGACUUAAAGGCAGUUUUCCCUGCUCAGAAUGUGGUAAAGAGUUUAGCAGUGUAAAUCGCCUAAAGCAACAUAACGCCAUACAUGAGAAAAAACGUGGCUAUUCAUGUGAAAUCUGCAAUACUCGCUUUACGCUAGAGAAAACUUUAAAAGCUCAUAUGUUGACACACGCCAAUGGUGAUAUAAAGGCAGCUGACAAAAAUGACAGUAUUGAAAAUAAGGAUAAUAAAGAGAUAUCUGAAACCGAAGAGUUUUUAGAGGAAACAAAAACCACUGAAGUUGAAAAGCGGAAUACUAAUGCAGAAGAAAAGUAUUUAGAUACGAAGCAUAUGCUAACAUUUAAAUGUCCUGAUUGUCCUAAAAGUUUUGAGAAGAAAGCCUCCUUCUCAGCGCAUUAUAAAGUGCAUAAGAAAAAGGAUUUUAUUAAAAACAAUAAAUGUAAAAAGGUUGAGACUAGUUUAGAGGAAGCUGAAGAGGAAUAUCCUGUACAGGAUUUAGAAGAGGGCACCAGCAAUAAUGUAGAUAAAAUAGCUAAGGUGGUGGUAAAGGAAGAAAUCGAAAUUACACCACAAAUCUUUGAAGAACCCAUGGAUGAUUUUGAUGCUCAAGGUGAAUGGUUUAAUAAUGAUUAUGAGGAUUCAGAUGACAAUUCGGAAAAGGAUCUUUUUGCUAAGCAGGAGCCAAAAGAAACUAAAAAUAUUGAUUUUGUGGAUACCGGCAUAGGGGAAAUAGAAAAGCCCAAUAGCAGCAAUAAAAGAAGCGGCAACUUUCCCUGUGAAAUGUGCGGCAAAGUAUUCGAUCGUCCUUAUCGUUUGAAACGUCACAGUUCUGUACAUUCUCUGACCAGACCACAUGAAUGUGAAAUUUGUAAAUAUCGUUUUGCCACCGUUAAUAUCCUAAAAGCUCAUCUGUUUCAGCAUGAAAAUGAAACACAAGGAAAUUUCAACUCCCAAUCACGUCCAGAAGGCUUUAAGUGUCCCGAUUGUCCUAGACGUUUUGAGAAACAAGCCUCUUUAUCUGCUCAUCGUCAAAUACACACACGCAAUGCCUCCGAAGCCAACUAUCCCUGUAUGGUUUGCCAGCGUAAUUUUAUGUCCGUUAGAUCCUUAACCGAACAUAUCACUAACAAACAUCCCGAGGUGGAAAAACACAAGUGUGAUCAAUGUGAUAAAACUUUUGUUUUACAUGCCCAUCUGGUGGAACAUUUAAAUCGCCACAAAGGCAAUAAGAAUCUAGUGUGUCUGAUAUGUGAAAAGGAGUUUGGUUACACUAAUACAUUGAAAGAACACAUGCGCACCCAUAGCGGUGAGAGUCCUUAUUUGUGUCCCCAAUGUGGUAAAACAUUCCGCAGUGCGAGUAAUUUACGCCAACAUAUGGAAAGGCAUACGGGUCUGAAGAAAUACCAGUGUCCAGAGUGUCCCAGCCGUUUUAACUGUAGAUCAGAUUUGAUAAAACAUGCUUCGACACAUUCAAAUGCUAAGCCUCAUGUCUGUGAUAUAUGCGGAUCACGUUUUACGAGAGCUUAUUCCCUGCAGAAACAUAAGCUGCUGCAUUCGGGAGAGAGACCGUUUAAGUGUGAUCAGUGCAGUAUGACAUUUGCAAUAAUUUAUCAUCUCCGUCGUCACAUGCGCACUCAUACGGGUGAGAAACCCUAUAAAUGUAAAUACUGUGAACGUGCUUAUGCCGAAAGUGGAGAUUUAACAAAACACUUGAGAACCCAUGUAGGCGAAAACACCUACAUGUGUGAUCAAUGUCCCAUGGCCUUUAAAUAUCAAGCGGAAUUAAGGCAACAUCAAUCUCAGCAUUAUAAAAUGGCGCAAAAACUUUUGCAGCAGGCACAAAAAAUGUCCGAAGAAGCACAACAACAUGAAGCAAACGAACAAAUAACUACACCACAGCAAGAGCAAGAGCAAGAGAAACAGCAAUUAACACCAACACAACAGCAACCAGCACAGCCACUAUUAUCAUUACAAGAACAACAGCAGCAACAUAAUCAAAUGAAAAAUGAACAAAUACAUAAUUUACCCAUGGGAAUACCCAGUUAUCAACACCACUUGCCCUUAAUAGAUCAUAAUAACAUGGUGGAACAAACAAAACUGGAAGAUGUUGUAGCAAGGCAACAACAACAGCAUCAACAAGACAAUUUAGAUUUAAAGAAUCUCAGUAAUUAAAAUUUAGUUUUAGAUUUUUAGUUAUAUAUUUAGUUGAAAACAUAAGCAUUUUACAUAUAAUAAUAUUAUAAGCAGUUAAUUAAUACAAAAUAAAUUGUAUUUUAUAGAAAAAGAACAUUUUGAAAAGUGCGCUAAAAAAUACUUCAUUUAAAAGUCACAUGAAUACUUAUUUUACGACCGAAAGUAUGCAAAAAAUCAUAUUUAAAAAUCGUUAGAAAUAGUGGAACUGUCACAUCCAAAUUGGCAAAUUAGCUUUUUUUUUUUGUCGUUUGUGGUCUUAAUUGCAGUUACAUGUUCUAUUUAUUGUGAAUUAUUUGUUAUGUUAGGUGAAUAUUGUUAUAUGUCGAUAAAACAGUGUUUGUUUACAUUUUGCGUUUGAUACACAAUAAUAAUUGUAUUAUUUUUAUGUAGAAAUAAAAAUGAGAAUU